UCGUUCGGUUUUUUGGAUUGAAAAUCAGUACGGAACAAAAUAACGGAAGCUAAAUGCGAACGAGGCAGAUUUCAACAGCGCAUCCCGGAUGUUGGCUGAGCGAACAGGAAGAACAAAGAAAGGAAAGUACCCCGGUUCACUGCCCACGUCCAGGAGGGCAACGCCGACUUCAUCAUCAUUCGCCGUGCAUGUGAGGACCAGCGCGGGCACGCCCCAAUAUGGCCAACGAGACGCAAGACGUAGAAAACAAUGUGGACCAACAGGAGGCCAACGGUAGCAGCGAGCAGCACCAAGGAGACGGCUCCACCAGAGAUGGAGGAGGAUCCAGAGGUCCGGAGCCGAACGGCCUUCCCCCCGCCGCCAGGCCCCCUCGCGUGGCGGAAGCCGACGAGGAGGACGACGAAGAGUUGACGCUCAAAUACGGCGCCAAGCACGUCAUCAUGCUCUUCGUCCCCGUGACGCUGUGUAUGGUCGUCGUGGUGGCCACCAUCAAGUCGGUCAGCUUCUACACGCAGAAUGACGGACAGAGACUGAUCUACACGCCGUUCCCGGAGGAUACGGACACGGUGGGCGAGCGAGCGCUCAACUCCAUCCUCAACGCCACCAUCAUGAUCACCGUCAUCAUCGUCAUGACGCUGGUGCUUGUGCUGCUCUACAAGUACCGCUGCUACCGGGUGAUCCAAGGCUGGCUCUUCAUCUCCUCCUUGCUCCUGCUUUUCUUCUUCUCCUACAUCUACCUCAAGGAGGUGUUCAAGACCUACAACGUGGCCAUGGACUACAUCACGUUGGUAGUCAUCGUGUGGAACUUUGGCGUGGUGGGCAUGAUGUGCAUCCACUGGAAAGGCCCGCUGCGGCUCCAGCAGGCCUACCUCAUCAUGAUCAGUGCUCUGAUGGCGUUGGUCUUCAUCAAGUACCUGCCCGAAUGGACCGCCUGGCUCAUACUCGCUGUCAUAUCCGUCUACGAUCUGUUGGCGGUGCUGUGUCCCAAAGGCCCUCUGAGGAUCUUGGUGGAGACGGCUCAGGAAAGGAACGAGCCCAUUUUCCCUGCUCUCAUCUACUCAUCGACCAUGGUGUGGCUGGUUAACAUGGCCGACACAGACACGGUGCCCAAGAGGAGCCCCGCCGACGCCACGUCGCCUCAGCCUGAGCCUCAAGAAGCGGCGCCGUCCCCGGUGUCGUCGUCCAGUCCGACGGGGGACAACGGAGGCUUCACGACGUCCUGGAUGAGCCACCAGGAGCACCAGCUGGGACACUUGCAGUCCACGGAUGACUCUCGGCGGGAGAUCCAGCAGAUGCCCUCGGACCGGCCACCCGUCGAGGAUGACGACGAGGAGCGGGGUGUCAAGCUGGGCCUGGGAGACUUCAUCUUCUACAGCAUGCUGGUGGGAAAAGCUUCGGCCGCCGCCAGCGGCGACUGGAACACCACGUUGGCCUGCUUCGUGGCCAUCCUAAUUGGCUUGUGUCUGACGCUGCUGCUGCUGGCCAUCUUCAAAAAGGCGCUCCCGGCACUGCCCAUCUCCAUCUUCUUCGGGCUGGUCUUCUACUUUGCCACCGACAACCUGGUGCGCCCCUUCAUGGACGAGCUGGCGCUGCACCAAUUCUACAUAUAGCAGGAACACCUUAUUCCUGAUGGGAAAAACUCCAUCACUCCGUCCCUGUGAUUGGACGGGAUGACUUUUUUUUUUUCUUUUCUCCAGCUGAGAGGAAGAGAGGGCAGGGCGUUCCUUGCUUUUCUUCCCCCCCCGACAACCCCCCCCCCCCAAUUCCUGCCUCAGGCUAAGCAACGCAAAACUCUGACUCUUAGCGAGAAUGUUUUUCCACCUUUUUAAUUUAUGCCGAGACUGAGCCUUCCCGGUUCUUGUACUGCCGGGGCAGCGGGUGCCUUGCUCAGGGACACCAGGAAGUCGCUGAAGCUCUCCUACUCACUCCUGGCCAGCGAUGCCGGGAUCUUCGCCCCCUUUCACACUCUCUGUAAAAGACAUUUUUACACUUUCCCACAUCUCACUGUACAACGAGGGGAACGAAAUGGACAAGAUCAGAGCCCAAACGGCACGUUAGGGUCUUCUGCGAUGUCAGACCCAACGUGUUAAGUUUGUCGCCGUCUGGCACGUAUUUUUACUUUGCCACGGGAAUAUUCCAACUUCAUAGAGGCCGUAACGACACCGAGGGGGUAAAGUCGACAUGGGAAUUUCUGUACGUAAACGUCUAGCUGUGUCCUAUCGCUUCUUUGAUUGUUCAAACCGACAUAGAAUGGGGCCUAGCGGAUGUCUUUAUGUAAAAAUCAAAGGCGAAAACAAAUUCUGCAUUUUUCUUUUGGAUCCAACACGACCAUUUUUUAGGAGCUUGAAAAGUUUGACGGGUGGCAUCGAGACGUAAUAUUUUUUCGCCUCGACGUCGGCUUGCUCAGAACGCCCUGCGUCCGUCACACAUCCGGACGGAAAGAUGCAAAAGGUUUCAAACGGCUUGAAUAUGAAUAAUAAUAACUAGCACUGAGUACGACACCACGUCAUCUCUUUUCUUACACACCUUUUUUGUGUGAAGAAUGGUCUGCUUGAUUUUGUGUCUUUUUAACAUGCGUUGUGUCUUUUGCAAGUUCAAAUGUGUUCACUUUUUUUUUUUUUUUAAAUAAACAAGCAAAGAAAUGGA